CAAGGGUUUUUAUUUUUCAAAUCCAAAAUCACGCAUACUCAUACAUCAUCGAAACGUUUGUUCCAAAAGUGUUUAACAAAUUAAAGUCGAGUGGUAAAAGGUGACACUAAGGUACAAAGUUGGGUGCCUAUCGGUGAAAUUAGGUACUGAUUCGUGCCAAACCCCUCAGCCCUCGGCUGAACAAGCACUGUACUCAUUUUUCCAAUAGGCAAUUGUCUGAAACUCAGAAAGAGAACCUGACAGUUCAAGGAAUGGGAGUGGAACAAAUCGACUGCAGAAACUGGGACGAAGAAGCUUAUAGGGAUUCCAUUUUACAGGAAAGAGAAGCACUUUCCCAAACCAUAUUCCGCACCGUCUUCGCCCCGACCCGUAACCCGAACCCGAAUUCAGACAUCAUCGUCACUUCCUCAAGCGAUGGCUUCGUCUCAUCUUACUCCAUAUCCUCUUGCCUUGCACUGGGUUGUGGAAAUGUGAGAGGUCAGAAUUGGUUAGUGGCUGAACCCCAUUGUUUGAUUCAAGGGCACAAUGGACCUGCUUAUGAUGUUAAAUUUUGCGGUAAUGAUGAGGAUUCAUUGUUAUUAAGCUGUGGUGACGAUGGUAAGAUCCAAGGAUGGAAAUGGAAAGAAAUUUUAGAAUGCGAGUUGCCCAUUCAAGGAGUCAAGUUGAAGCCAGUACUUGAUUUGGUCAAUCCACAACAUAAAGGUCCUUGGGGUUCACUUUCUCCAAUUCCAGAAAACAAUGCAAUUGCUGUUGAUUCUCAGGGUGGAUCUAUAUAUGCAGCUGCUGGUGAUUCUUGUGCAUAUUGCUGGGAUGUGGAGACGUCUCAAAUCAAGAUGGUUUUCGAGGGGCACUCAAACUAUUUACACUGUGUUGUUGCCCGCAAUUCUUGCAAUCAGGUCAUAACUGGUUCAGAAGAUGGCACAGCUCGAAUAUGGGACUGCAGAAGUGGGAAUUGUAUCCAAGUAAUUGAUCCAGGAAAGGAUAAGACCUCAAAAGAAUCUGUUCAAUGUGUCAGUUGCAUUGCUCUUGAUUCAAGCGAGAGCUGGUUGGUUUGUGGAAAGGGCCCAUCUUUAUCACUAUGGAAUCUUCCAGUUAAUGAAUGUAUUUCAAGGAUCAGAACGAAUUCAUCAAUCCAAGACGUCGUAUUUGAUGAGAAUGAAAUUUUGGCUGUUGGGGCAGCACCAUUGCUUACUCGAUUUGACAUGAAAGGAGAUAUUCGAUCACAGAUAAAUUGUGCUCCUCAAUCAGUGUUUUCCGUUUCUUUGCAUCCUUCUGGGGUUACAGCCGUGUCUGGUUAUGGAGGACUUGUAGAUAUUAUAUCUCAGUUUGGAAGCCACUUGUGUACAUUCCGUGGCAAAAGCCUAUAGGCGGAGUCUCAUUGAGUUGGGGG